AUGAAGAAGAAGAAGAAAACAAAGAUGAACCAAACGGCCCUAACAUUGUUCAAACCCAAAGAAGAAGACGACAAUGACUAUGACUAUGACUAUGAAGAAGAAGAAGAUUAUGACUAUGAUGACUAUGAUGCAACUAGGGCAAAUUUGAAGGAAUAUCGAGAUUCGUACGUGUUGGAUAUGGACAUGGCAGGAUUGAAAUCUAGGGACAUAAAGGUUGAGAUUGAAGACGAUAACGUCCUUGUGAUAAGCGGAGAGAGGAGGAGGGAAGAAGGUGUCAAGUAUGUAAGGAUGGAGAGAAAGGUUGGUAACUUCAUGCGCAAGUUUGUUCUUCCUCAUAAUGCUAAUACUUACGCUGUUUCUGCUGUGUGUAAAGCUGGGUUGCUUAGUGUUACUGUUCAGAAGAAAUUGCCUCAUUCUAAGCCUAAGAACCCUAAUAGAAGAACUAUUAAGGUUAGGAUUGCUUGA